UAUAAUACCCUUUUACUCCAUUAUCAGACAUACAGCUUAUACUCGGCUGUUUUACUCCUUCAGACGCGUCUCUUACUCUAUAAUACCAAAAUUUCUCCCCUUUUCUUACCUUGAACAACUAUUCAAUGGCUGCCAAGUCUCUAACAAUCCUCAUCCUUUUCUCUCUUCUCUCUAUCACUUCAUCUCAAUCACCACCAAAAGCACAACCACCUUCUUCGGACUCUUGUAAUGGUGUCUGGCUAACAUACACUUACAACAACGGUAAAAAACUCCACCCUUUUCUUAAAACCCCAUCCAAACAACCGUAUAGCUUCAAAUCAGACCUAACAAUCCUUAAUAAUGAUGAAGUUGAGCUUAAAGCUUGGAGGGUUUAUGUGGGUUUUCGUCAAAAGGAAAUCUUGGUGUCAGCAUCGAAUGCUGUAGUUGCAGAUGGGUUAACUCUUCCUGCUAUAGUUGGUGAAGAUGGUGCUGUUUUUGCUGGGUAUCCUCAAGCAGAUCUAAAAACUGGGAUUCAAACUGCUGGGGAUAUUAAUCAAAUGUCUGUUAAAGUUGAAUUUGAAGGAACUCAAUUUGGUGUUGCUCCUCCUAAUGUUCCUUGGCCUACUAAUAUUUCUAUUGUUAAUGAUGGUUAUAAUUGCCCUUUACCCUCUAGAAGUGGAAACUUUACAUUGAAUACUUGCUGCAUCAGAGAUCCAGAUUUCAAAUCCAACAUGACCAUAGCUGAUGAGUUUCUGCCUCGGCAAAAAGGUGAUCUGACAAUCAUGUAUGAUGUAACGAAAUCUUACGAAGGGAGUUACUGGGCUCAAGUAACUAUGACUAACCAUAACCCGCUAGGUCGUCUUGACUAUUGGCAGUUAAGUUGGGACUGGAUGCAAGACGAAUUCAUCAAUAACAUGAAAGGAGCUUAUCCCGACAUUGUUGAUGCGAAUGAUUGUGCCAAUGGCCCUCAAGCUGAAAAAUACCCUGGCCUUGACUGGUCCACGGUGCUGAACUGUCAAAGAAGGCCUACAAUCAUCGACCUUCCGCCACAGUAUGCCAAUGACACCACACUUGGAAAGAUACCAUUUUGUUGUCGUAAUGGUACGAUUUUGCCACCCGGGAUGGAUGAAAGUAAAUCAACCUCAUCAUUCCUGAUUCAGGUCAACAAAAUGCCACCAAAGAUGAACCAAUCUUUAAUAGACCCACCGCAGAACUGGCAGAUUAAAGGUAUCCUCAACCCAAACUACAAAUGUGGGCCACCUGUACGAGUCAGUCCGAGUGAGUUCCCGAGCCCAACUGGUUUACCAGUGAACACAACUGUUUUCGCUAGCUGGCAAGUUGUAUGCAAUAUCACUAGGCCUAAGAGUGUGUCUCCUAAAUGCUGUGUCUCAUUCUCGGCAUACUUCAACGAGUCUAUCGUCCCGUGCAGAACAUGUGCUUGUGGCUGUCCCAAAAACACUGGUCAAACCUGUAGCACAACUGCUCCUGCUAUGUUUCUUCCACCCGAGGCUCAACUCAUCCCAUUCGAUAACCGUACAAAGCUGGCCCUGGCUUGGGCUGAACUGAACCAUCAGCCGAUUCCAAACCCACUUCCAUGUUCAGAUAACUGUGGUGUAAGCAUCAACUGGCAUUUAUCCACAGAUUACAGCAAUGGAUGGAGUGCAAGAAUAACAGUUUUCAACUGGGAAGAAACAAACUUCGCAGACUGGUUUAUCGCUACUGAACUGAAAAACGCAGCCCCAGGUUUUCAAAAGGCUUACUCAUUCAAUGGCACCCUCAUGAACAACGUCAACAACACCAUUUUCAUGCAAGGUCUCGAGGGUCUGAACUAUCUGAUGGGAGAGACUAACGGAACCAAACCAUUGGAUCCUCGGGUUCCUGGUAAACAACAAUCAGUUCUUUCUUUCACAAAGAAACUUACACCGGGAAUCAGAGUAGCUGAACGCGAUGGUUUCCCUACAAAAGUAUACUUCAAUGGGGAAGAAUGUUCGCUUCCUAAAAUUCUUCCUCGGAACAGUGGAUACAAGAAAGGUCCAUUAACGAUAAUUUCUAUUGUUAUCGCGGUUCUGGUUCUCAUCUUUAUCGAGCAAUGACCGUGCUUUGGAGAUCUACUCCAUUUUUGUAAUCACUGCUAAUUCUUUAGUAUAUAAUACUCGUGUACAAACAUCUCAAACAUCAUAUUGUUGUAAUUUUACAUUGGAUUUUUAUGCAUCA